UGUUUCCAAGUAUGCAUAGGGUCCCGUGCCCUUCAUAUUAAUUUAAUCAUCUUCCACUGCACACUCACUUUCCAACAACAAAACAAGAAUCAUUUCAGCAAUUCAGCUUAUUUCCUUUCAUCAAGACCGACACUUUCUAGGGUUUGUUUGUUCAUUUUGUUCUUCAGUAUGAAGAAAUACAAACACCCAAUUCAGUUCCAAAUUGUUCAUCAAAGAAGAUGGGUUUUAAUGGUGGGUUUAGUGGCUACAAUCCAUUUGUUUUGCCAAACACUAAUGCUUCCUUACGGAACUGCUGUUCUAUCUCUGUUACCUGGCCACAAUAACCCUUCAUAUUUCACCGAAAUGUCGAAUUCGGAUACUUCAGAAGACGAGUUUCAACAAGAAAGUCUUCAACUUGUCAAAAGCAGAGAUUUUGAUCAUGUUUUUAUUGAGGAAAUGAUCUCUGUAGACUUAAGUAACAAUCUUGGAGAUGGGGUUUCAAUAAAUAGUAAUAUUUCUAUCGACCCGAAGAUUUUGAUGGUUGUCGGUGAACCACCGGUUGUUGUCAAUAAGUCUGGGAAUGGAUCACAGGGUCAAGUUCUUCCGAUUAACGAGAAGUAUGCUUUGUUUCAAACCGAUGAUGUGAAGAGAAUGAGGUGUUUGAUGCCACCGAAAUCGGUCAUGUACAUUGACCAAAUGGAGCGUUUGUUAGCUCGGAAUCGUAGGGCGUCAAGAGCUAUGAGGCCAAGAUGGUCUUCGCCACGGGACCAAGAGAUUCUUGCUGCAAAGAUGCAAAUUACCAAAGCGCCCUCCCGAAUAACGGAUCAAGAACUUUAUGCUCCUGUGUUCCGUAAUGUAACAAUGUUCAAAAGGAGCUAUGAACUCAUGGAACGUACACUUAAAGUGUACGUAUACAAAGAAGGAGAAAGACCGAUAUUUCAUCAACCAAUACUUAAGGGAUUAUAUGCCUCCGAGGGAUGGUUCAUGAAGCUUAUGGAGGGUAACAAACGGUUUGUAGUCAAAGACCCCCGAAAAGCUCACUUGUUUUAUAUGCCGUUUAGUGCACGAAUGCUAGAACACAAAUUAUAUGUUCGGAAUUCCCACAAUCGGACAAAUUUAAGACAGUUUUUGAAAGUUUAUGCAGAAAAACUCGCUUCUAAAUACCCUUUUUGGAAUAGAACCGGUGGAGCAGAUCAUUUUCUUGUUGCUUGCCAUGAUUGGGCUCCCUAUGAAACAAGGCACCAUAUGGAACACUGCAUGAAAGCGCUCUGCAACGCUGAUGUCACCACCGGUUUCAAGAUCGGGAGAGACAUCUCCCUGCCCGAAUGCUACGUCCGAUCUGCCCGAAACCCGCUCCGUGACCUUGGCGGAAAACCCGCUUCUGAGCGGAAUAUUUUAGCCUUUUAUGCGGGAAACAUCCACGGGUAUUUACGUAAAAUCCUACUCGAAUAUUGGAACAACAAAGAUCCCGAUAUGAAGAUAUUCGGCCCGAUGCCACCUGGCGUUGCUAGCAAGAUGAAUUACAUUGAACAUAUGAAAAGUAGCAAGUUUUGCAUUUGCCCGAAAGGGUACGAAGUGAACAGCCCGCGGGUCGUUGAGGCGAUAUUUUACGAGUGUGUGCCCGUUAUCAUUUCGGACAAUUUCGUCCCUCCGUUUUUCGAGGUGUUAAACUGGGAUGCGUUUUCGGUUGUUGUAGCGGAGAAAGAUAUACCCGAGUUGAAAAACAUACUUACGGGAAUCAGUGAUUCGAAAUACCGGGAGUUGCAACAUGGAGUGAAGAAAGUUCAAAGGCAUUUUUUAUGGAAUGUGAAGGGUGUUAAGUAUGAUUUAUUUCAUAUGAUUUUGCACUCUAUUUGGUAUAAUAGGAUUUUCCAGUUUAAGCCUAGAUAGUGUUGUUGUAUUGACAGUUGCUAAUGUUGUGAAUACUUGUGUUGUGCAACUGUACAGAAUAAGUUUACGGUUGUACUUUGUGCAUUGAUGAUUGUAACAACAUUGUUAGUUAUGUAAAUACUGUAUGUGAUUUAA